CCAGCUAUAAGAGCCCGGCUGACCAGGUAGUCUGGGUCCGUCCUUAAAAUAGGCCAGUGCAAAGUGACUUAGUAAAAGUUGCUCAGCUUUAUUAAAACGUUUGGGGUUUUUUUCCCAUCAGUGGUUAAAUGCAGCACUUUGUGUCUUACUGCGAUGUAGUGUAGUGUGGUGGCCCCUGAGGCUGGUUUCGGUCUGAUCUAGCAGAGGAUUUGGAGCUGGGACUUUUUAAUGAUGACUUUCGCUAUGCUGCGGCCUGUGGCGACACACUUGAUCUAUUCAGACUUAACUGUCACGUCCGAGGAUGAUGAAAACCGGAGCGAAAGUGACGGCAGCUCGGAGCAAAGUUUCUGUGGCUCAACCGAAAAGCGGAGGAGGCUUUCCCACCAAGUGGAAGGAGAUUCCCAGGUGAUCGUGAAGCAGAGGAGCGCAGCUAACGCCAGGGAGAGAGGCAGGACCCAGAGUGUCAACACCGCGUUCACGGCUCUCCGGACUCUCAUACCCACCGAGCCAGUGGACAGAAAGCUCUCCAAAAUCGAAACUCUUCGACUGGCGUCCAGCUACAUCUCCCAUCUGGCCAACGUGCUUCUUCUCGGGGACGGCGGCGCUGAUGAGCAGCCAUGUCUCGGCGCGGCUCAUGCGCAAGUAGACAGCGGAGCGCAGCAGCCGCGGACCAUCUGCACCUUCUGUUUGAGCAGCCAGAGAAAAGGGAUAAAAGAUGGCAAAGACUGUUUAAAAAUGCGAGGGCUGGGUCCGCUGCGAACGAGACGCUGACAGAAGACCAGUGAAUAAUUAGCAACCUGAAAAUCCUCAAAGACUUUCUCAGGGAAGAGCCGAAGCUGGUGUUACACAGCGCACACACAUGAACACAUGCUGGAUCAAAUGGUGGAACCAAAGGAGAAACCUAUUUAUACUUGACUGAGAAAUUUAAGCAUAAGCUUUUCAGAGAUGCAGUGCAUUUGUUUGAAACUUAUGAGUUUUUGUUCUUUCCCCCCUCCCCCAGAAAGGUUUUAAAUAAAAUAUAUUUUAUCAAAACAAAA